UGACAUUUCGCUAUUAUAGUAGGAAUUCAGAAAUCAAAAUUCCUUGUGAUUUGUGAUUUUCCUCAAUUUUGUGGAAUUUUAAUAAAAAAAUCCUUUUAAAUUGAUAGCUUACAUAACAGUAUGAAAACCUGUUAAAUUCGAGGAUUCUUAACAUCUAAAAAUAUAAGUGUCGAAUUGUGUUUUUGCUACACAAAAUGACUUCGAUUUUUGAUCAAUACGAGCAAGCAUCGCAGGUGUCCCUGCGUCCAGUGCCCGUUUCGGAACAAAUGACGUCGUCGGGUUACAUCAAUAUGCAGUUGGAAGAUAAUACACCAAUGUUCUCCAAACAAAAGAUGAAUUUCAACCCCUCUGAUCUUAUCACUCAUGUAGCUGUCUCCAGCGACUAUUUGGUAUUGGCUAUGGCAAAUGGAAAGUUGUUCAGACUUGAUUUGAAAAUGCCAGAUCAGCAUGAAGAAAUCCAUUAUGCGAAAUUCGUGCAGCCAAACUCAAAACUAACUGCAAUUUUUCUUGACCCACUGGGCUACCAUCUCCUCAUGACUUUCGCUGCGAGAAACAAGGAAGGAAGCCCUGAGCUUGUAUACUUACAUCGUAAGAGCAGUAAGCUCAAACCUGUGACCAAAUCUAAGAACUACGAGGUGACUGAAGUGGGGUGGAACUAUGAGAAUCAAUCACUGUCUACUACAGGGCCCAUAUUGCUUGGUACCUCCCAAGGGCAUAUAUUAGAGACUGAAUUAGAAACAGAGAGUGAUAAGAUGUUUACAGCUAGCCAACAGUAUUGGAGGCAGAUAUUCGACAUCGGGAAAGGCGCAAACACGCCCAUAACUGGCAUACAAUUCCACAGAGUGAACAAAUCAAGCAAAUUCUUCAUAUUCGUCACAACACCCACGAGGCUGUACCAGUUCAUUGGCCACGCAAUGAUGGCGGAUGACAAACCUUCCCUCCAGUCUAUAUUCCAUCCGUAUUUAACAACACCCGAGACUGGCUUCCAGGAAAUACCUUCAACGUUGAAGUAUUCCAAACUGCAGUUCUAUUUUGAUAAGACUAACAGUCCAAAGACAUUUGCGUGGCUAACCGAACCUGGUAUAUUUUAUGGACAGCUUGAUCCUACGUCGCAGCAAAACUCAAACUCACUUUUUACCCAAAGUGAACUCAUAAACUACCCCGCCGAGAAAGAUUCCGUUGAGGACUCUACGCCUUUAUCAUUUGUACUGACCGAAUUCCACGUACUGCUUAUGUUCUCUGAUAGAGUAAAAGCAGUGUCAUUAUUGAACCAAGAAUUGGUGUAUGAAGAAAAAUAUUCAGAAGUCCAUGGAAAAUUAAAGAACAUCGUCCAAGAUCCGCUAAGGAGAACAAUUUGGGCUGUCACAGAUAAAGCAGUUUUCAGAUACAAAGUCAAAAGGGAAGAACGAAACGUCUGGAGAAUAUACUCGGACAAAGAACAGUUCGACCUAGCGAAACUGUACUGCCAAAACAAUCCAGCGUUUAUAGAUAUAAUAAACGUAAAACAGGCGGAAUUAUUGUUCUCCAAAGGAAAUUACGAUAUGAGCGCUGAAAUUUAUGCGGAAACUCAAAGUAGUUUUGAAACCGUAUGCCUUAAGUUUCUAGAAGUCGAUAAAGUUAAUGCACUCAAAGUGUAUUUAGGGAAACGAUUGGAUGCUUUAGAAGACGAUAAAACUUUAAUUUCAAUGAUAGUUAUUUGGAUGACCGAGCUGUACCUAUCCCAGCUCGGAUCAUUAAGACGUAAAGGUAAAUCGGAUUCGCUGGAGUAUUAUCAAAUUCAAAGCGAUUUCGAAAUAUUCCUCCUCCAGCCCACAGUUGCGAAAUGUAUGCAGCACAUAAAAUCUGUUAUAUAUGACUUGAUGUCUUCUCAUGGCGACAAAGAUAAUCUUAUUAAACUGACAGUGAUAAAUGAAGACUACGAAAACGUUAUAGCACAGAACAUUUAUAAGAAAUCAUAUAUCGAAGCGCUAAAAAUGCUUCAGGCUAAGAAAAAGCCGGAAUUGUUCUACCAGUUUGCUCCGUCGCUUAUGGAAAAAAUGCCUUCGCAGACUGCCACGGCUUUGAUAGCUCAAGGCACUUUGCUGAAUCCGACGAAACUACUGCCGGCUUUUUUGUCUUGUGAAAACGACGAGGCCCAUAUAUCGGAAAUCAUACGAUACUUGGAGUUUAUGUUGCAGCAUUUCAACGUGAAGGAUCGGGCGAUACACAAUUACCUUUUGACGUUGUACGUGGAGUACGACCAGUCGGCGUUGAUGAAGUAUCUGGAUAGGCAGGGUCAGGAAAUUGUUUUGGUCAACUACGAUGUACAUUAUGCUUUAAGACUGUGCCGAGAAAAAGGCUUAUCAGAAGCGUGUGUGAAACUAUCAGCCUUGCUCGGCCUGUGGGAGUCGGCUGCGGAGUUAGCCUUAGAAGUCAAUCUUACUUUAGCGAAAUCAGUCGCCAAUAUGCCCGACGACGAGAGCUUGAGGAGAAGGCUUUGGCUUGGAAUUGCUGAACACGUGAUAACAAAAAACCAGGACAUCAAAGAAGCGAUGAGCUUGCUCGAAGAGUGUCCUCUGAUCAAGAUUGAGGAUAUCCUGCCGUUCUUCAGCGACGUGGUCACCAUCGACCACUUCAGAGAACCAAUCUGUCAAUCUUUGGAGGAGUAUAACAAACAAAUAGAAGAGAUCAAAGCAGAAAUGGAGGAAGCUACAAGUUCUGCAGAAUGCGUACGCAACGAGAUCCAGUCGUUCCGCAAUCGGAGCGUGCUCGUAUCCGUGUCGGACGCAUGUUGUCUGUGCGACAUCGCGUUACUGCUGCGGCCGUUUUACCUGUUUCCAUGCGCGCAUCGCUUCCACAGCGACUGUCUACUGGCCGAAAUGCAACCUAUAUUGGCGCCAGCUCGUCGCAACAAGCUAAAGGACCUGCAACGCCAGCUGAACCUGCUCUCGAGCAUAGAACUGAACACAGUCACCUCGAGCGGUUUACCCCUUAGGGAAGUGCUAAAGAACGAGGUGGACGAUAUAGUGGCCAGCGAAUGUGUGUUCUGCGGUGAACACAUGAUCGCGUGUAUCGACAAGCCGUUCAUUGCAGAUGAAGACUGGGACCGGGUCAUGAAGGAAUGGGAGUGAAUGGUGCGGUUCAAAACUGGGAGUUGGGGCUGUAUCAUAAAAGAAUGGGAGGGAUGGUUCGGAUUAAGACUGGAAUCGAUUCAUAGAGGAAUGGGAGUGAAUGUUGCGAAUAAAGAAUGGGUUUGGUUGAUGAAGGAAUGAGAUUGAAUGUUGCGGACGAUGAUCGCUGGAAGAGAUCUCUACUAAGCGAUAAGGCCGCCUUUUGUAU